GCAGACGAGUACAAGAGAUAAGACACGGCUCACUUCAGACGCAAUUGGCUCACGUUCGGACGCGAUUGACACAACCACACCGCGUGCAGCACUACAUAACAGAUGCUCACCAUGAUGAAGAACUUUAGCGUUGCUAUCAACUGCCCCUUGCCGGCUGAGAUAUCGAUCAAGGAUGUCAAGCGGGGCAUCCAAAGGCUCGGCGGGACGUUCCAUGAACGGGUCCUCUCAACCACCGACGUGUUGUGCACUUCUGAGGAUCGCGACCGAGAUUCACAACAGACUCGCCUCCAGGUGGGACGGCAAGGCGGUGUCACUGUCUCUUUAGACUGGCUUCAAGAUUCAUUCACAGCUGGCCGCUUUCUGGACCCCCUUGAAUAUCCCAUCUCUCAAGAAACAUGGGCCCUUCGCGGGGAGGAUGAGGAAAACAGUGAGAAAGAAAUUGAGGAAGGGAGCGAGGAAGAGAGCGAGGAAGAGAGUGAGACACGGCGUGUGGAGUCCAGUGGCAAUAUCGCCGUCUUAAUUGGACUUUUCCACUUCCUUUUGAUGAAGGCGGUCGAGAGAGAAACGGAGAGCGAGAGUGACGCACAGCGCAUGGAAUUCAUUGAUCAUAUCAAUGCUAUAUUUCGUUACUUAGUAGCUACCUUGUCGACAGCGGUUGGGGAAAACAUGGAAGGCGAGAGUGAGGCAGAUGACGAAGAGAGUGAUGAGAGUGAGGAGAGUGAGGAAGACAGCGAGGAAAGUGAGGAAGAAACCACCCUGGCUCGAUUCGACCCCGGAAGGCCUUUGUAUACCUGCGGCAUUGUCGUAGCCGACAAAUCCCCUUAUAUGACCCAGGCGCAGCUUGAGAAAGAAGUCGGUCAUCUUGGAGGGGUAUUAUUAUUUAGUAUCUCGAAGGAUACUACUCACUUUGUGUCCUCGCGAGCGAUAUACAACAAGCUUCCGCAAGCUGCCGUCUCGUUCUUCCCCAAAGUCUCCUUCGUCAACCAUGAUUGGCUAGACGCCUGCUCGCAACAGGGCUCUCUAGUACAUGUUGGUCCGUACAUACACGACAGGCUGGACGAAGAAGAGAGCGAAGAAAGUGAAGAAGAGGACCGGGAGGAGGACGAAGACAAAAGCGAAGAGAGUGAAGAAGAGGACCGAGAGGAGGACGAAGACGAAAGCGAAGAGAGUGAAGAGGAGGACGAGAACGAGAGCGAAGAGGAAGACAACCCGAGUUAUGAUCCUAGAGAAAGGCGUAGCUGA